GCCCCAUUCUCUGUAAAACCCAACUUCAAGUCUAUGUAGCCAUGGCCACCACCACAACCGAGCCUGAGAUAAUCCGCCGGCUUACACCGGUUGAGCCCACGCGUCUGAGCAUGGAGCGGACAUCGGCACCCCACAUAGCAGUCUUCCCUUUCAUGUCUCGAGGCCAUGCCAUCCCACUCCUCCACCUAUGUGCCACUCUCCUGCGCCGAGGCCUCGAGCUCACCAUCUUCUCCACCCCCUCCAACUCCCCUUUCUACAGACAGAGCCUCCCCAAAGACUCCGGAAUUCGCAUCAUCGACCUCCCUUUCCCAUCGCACCCAGACUUGCCGAAAGGUUGCGAAAGCACGGAACAGCUGCCCUCCAUGGACAUGUUCCUCCCCUUUCUGAAUGCGGUUAAAGAGCUCCGCGACUCCUUCGAGCAAUCCCUAUCAGAAAUCGCAGCAGUCAAUCCCCCAAUCUGCCUCAUUUCCGACACCUUCCUCUAUUGGACUCAGUAUGUCGCCGAGAAGCUAUCCAUACCCCGCCUAACUUUUAUGGGCACGAGCGCCUAUGCCACCUGCUUGUCUCUGGCCAUUGCUGCUUAUGGCUCACCCAUACCCAAAGACUCCGAACCGGUUUUGCUGCCUGGCUUGCCUCAUGAGGUGAGGCUAGCGCAUGUCGAGGUGCCGCCCACUUUCCGAUCACUAGAUCCCAAAGACCCGUCCUGGACCUUUGUCUUGGAGACUGGUGCGGCAAAGCUCCGUAGCUACGGGGAAAUACUUAAUUCUUUCUACGAGCUCGAGCCCGAGUUCGUAAAGACAUUGAAUACACAGGGGCAGCGUUACUGGUGUGUAGGUCCUAUGUGCUUGUGGGACGAGCCGAAGCCAGUGGAGAUACCCAAGACGGAACGGGCUGAGUGCUUGGAUUGGCUCGACAUGAAGGACGAGGGUUCGGUGCUAUACGUGGCCUUUGGCUCACAAGCUCGUCUAGAGGAGGCUCAGAUGAGAGAGAUUGGCGCAGGCCUCGAGGGUUCGGGGUUGAACUUCUUGUGGGUGGUGAGGGGUGAGCCCAAGCUCGAUGAUGGGUUCGGGGACAGGGUCAAGGGCCGUGGGCUAGUGAUCCGAGGGUGGGUUCCACAAGUUGAAGUGCUCAGCCACAAUGCUGUUGGUGGGUUUAUGAGCCAUUGUGGAUGGAACUCGCUUCUAGAGAGUUUGGUGUAUGGGGUGCCAAUAUUAGGUUGGCCCAUGAUGGCUGAGCAAAGUUUGAAUGGUAAGAUGGUGGAGGAGGAGCUAGGGGUGGGAUCAAGGGUGGUGUGGGGUGAAGGGGAAAAGGGGGAGGUUGUAGAGAGAGAAGUUGUAGAGAGAGAGGUGGUGGAGUUGAUGAGGGGAGAGAAAGGGAGGAGGGCAAGGGAGAGGGGUACAGAGAUAAAAGAGAAGGCAAGGAGGGCGGUUCAUGAGGGUGGGUCGUCUUAUAACAAUUUGAGUUGGCUUAUUAAUGAGCUUUGUGAAAGGAAGAAAUGAGCUUUGUCUUGCCACUCCCGUUAGAAAUGUGGCCUAUCUGGUUCUUUUCUUUUGAAAAUUUAUUUUUUUAAAUAAUGAUACACAAGCCAUAAUGAAGUUUCAUGCGGUUAAAAGGAGGCAAUGCCAUAUACUUGGAUUCAUUUUUUUUAACUUUAAUAAGAUGUUGUAAUAGAGGGAAACACAG